AUGUCUUUCUCUCCAUUGAACCCGCUCACUCUGGAAAACAACGAUUCUCACCGCGGCGGCAUCGUUGGACGCGGCCUCCUCGUCGACUACCAUGGCUGGCGCCAACAGACCGGGCAACCCCCCGUCACCAUCCCUGCGGCCACCAUCAUCACCACGGAGGAGGUGGAAUCGGUUCUGAAGCAUCAAAAGACGCACCUGCGCGACGGGGACAUCCUCAUUCUCCGCACGGGAUUCACCGACUGGCAUGUCCACGCCAGUAUCGAGGAGCAAGAAGCCGCUUCGAAAAGGGGCGCAUUCAUCGGCCUCGAAGCCACAGAAGAGAGUGCCAAGUGGAUCUGGAAUCACCAUUUCGCCGCCGUGGCGACCGACACGCUCGGGUUCGAGGUCAACCCGAUCCCGUUUCUCCAGCCCGGUGUCGUGCGGCUCCACGAGUGGCUUCUUGUCCACUGGGGCACGCCGAUCGGCGAGCUGUGGGAUCUCGAGCGCCUAGCAGAAGUGUGUCGAGAGCGCCGACAGUGGUCCUUUUUCCUGACCGGCGGGCCUCUUCAUGUGGUUGGCGGAGUCGGCACACAACCCAAUGUCAUUGCGAUUCUCUAG